CUCGCCUUUCAUCCCUGGAAAGCAGGUCCAAGACGCACGUCCUCCCGGAAGGCGGCGAGAGUGAAACCACCUGUCAGCUGCGGUCGAGGCUUUGUGGUGCCACCAUGAAGAAAGCUGAGGGAGUCAUCAUUCUCUGGUCGCUGCUAUUGUUCACGCCGCACGCAAAGGGAACAAGCUACAGCCUGCCAGGGAAGCCCACUCUAACCAACUGUCGGUCUCCUGAAAAAGAAACGUUCACCUGCUGGUGGGAGCCGGGAUCCGACGGUGGGCUUCCAACCACCUACCGCCUCUUCUACCGCAAAGAAAAUUCUGACACUGUGCACGAGUGUCCCGAUUACCGCACGGGCGGGAAGAACUCCUGCUUCUUCAACAAGAACGACACGUCCAUUUGGGUCAACUACAACAUCACUGUUGUGGCCACCAACGCUCGGGGAAGAACCUUUUCCGACCCGGUCGACAUCGAUGUUGUGUACAUAGUCAAGCCCAACCCUCCAGAGAAGGUGACGGUGAAUACUACUUGGGACAAAAGCUUGCCCUACCUCCGGGUGUCCUGGGAGCCCCCACACAAAGCUGACACCCGCUCUGGUUGGAUCACUCUCAUCUAUGAGCUCCGAAUCAAGAUGGAGGGUGACGAUGAAUGGGAGGAACACCCAGCAGGCCAACAGAGAGUUUUCAAUAUUUACAGCCUCCGCUCAGGUGGAACUUACCUGGUUCAGGUGCGCUGUAGGCCAGAUCACGGCUUCUGGAGCGAAUGGAGUGACUCAGCCUGCAUCGAAGUGCCCGACUACUUCCAUCAAGAAAAGUCCAUGUGGAUCCUCAUCUUGAUUUUUUCUGUUUUCAUCUUAAUCAUCCUCAUCUGGGUCAUACACAUGAACAGCCACACCCUGAAGCGAUUCAUUCUGCCCCCGGUCCCUGGACCUAAAAUCAAAGGAUUUGAUAAACAGCUCCUCAAGAACGGGAAGUCCAGGGACGUCUUCAGCUCUCUAGUAGGGUCUGAUUUCCCUCCAACCACAACUAACUAUGAGGACUUGCUCGUGGAGUACUUAGAGGUGUAUGUUCCAGAGGAGCAAGAGCUGAUGCCGGAGGAAAGCAAAGUUCCACACAAAAGCAGCUAUCAAUCCGAGACUUCCACUUCCGACUGCGACUCCGGCCGGGGCAGCUGCGACAGCCACACCCUGCUCGUGGAUAAGAGCGAAGAAGACAAAACCAUGGGACAGCAGUCAACUCAGCAGGGCGGUCAAACAGAGAGAGAUUUAAAAAGGCCGGAGGAGUCCUCGGAGGAAAAAUACCUGACAUAUUCUCACCAACUGGACCAACCAGACUCACCUGACUGCCUGUUCCCCCCAGGCCCUUUAUCCUCUCACUUUUCUCCUCCUGGCCACAAACCGGUCCUCGGAUCAAACUAUCAGGAGUUUAGCUUUGGCAACACUCAACCUCAUGCUCUCCAUCACCAGACAGGGACCCAUCAAUACCUCCAGGAUUACAGUGAUAUCAAUAAUGCCAAUAAAGAAGCCCCUGCUGGCUUCCGGUUAGCCUCAGUUCGGUCCACUGAGUACGUUGAAGUCCAGAGAGUCAAAAAUGAUAACAUGGUGCUACUCCACCCUGUGUCUUCAGAUCCAGAACAGGGCGGUCCUGAAAGGCGCCACACGGAGGACUACAGCAAGGUGAAAGGGGUGAAUAAUGACAACGGGCUGCUGCUGCUCCAGAGAAAGGGUUCUGAUAAAGAGAUGGACAUUUGCUCUUAUGAGGACCAACAGAUGAGCGAACCGGUCGACAGCGGCUACACGGCUUCCAUCGCCGCCGCCCUACAGAAAACUCCAGCCUACGUUCACCCUGCCACACAAAUCCUGGACGAAAGGGCAGCCGGCGGUUACGUGGACACCUCUAUAUUCCCUCUGCCCACUUACUAAAUGCUGCAGAAGCUCAAGCAGCAGCUGGAGGACACUGCUAGAGGCGUGCUUUAGGCAUGGGGACUGAAACAAAAAUCAGGAAUUAAAAAAACAAACACUGUUGGUUGCAAAGAUGAUACUUUGCCAUCACUCAAUUUGCAUUUUGUUUUUCAUUUUCUUCUGAGGUAACACUCCAAUUUUGAAUUACCAAAGCGAUUUGUUUGAAAGAUUGGACUCUUCAUUCAGCUUCAGAAAGAAUGAAAAUGAUUCUAGAAUUUAUGUGGUACUACUACACCUUUCUGUUUUGAUCACUCUUUACCUCUUUUUUAAAAAGCUGCUUGUUGCAUCCUGUUUAUGUACAGACAGAUGGCAAAUUAAAAGAGAAAAACCCCAAACUUUGACCCAUUGAGGAGAUUUAUGGCCUUACCAGGUUUUAUGAGUUCAUAUCUCCCCUUUGAGGGAAGGGUCUCUGCAAAUCAAUGCAAUGUUGUUCCUAGUGAUUAUGUCUGUUGUGCAAUGAGCCAUUUACAUGCUGAUGAGACAUCGCAGUUGAACACCAAUGGGGGGAAAAUGGUUAGAAAGUUCCUGUAAGAAAAUUAUUAAAACACUAAAUGUCUUUUAAAUGAUUUAAAACACUUAUUUUUUUUAUCUUGCCAGUAGAGUUUUGAAAGUGAAACUCUUUUUAAGAUGUUGGUUUAUAUAUGUAUUUUAAUGUAUGUCUGUUUGAAAAAGUUUAACGUGAUAUUAAAAAACACGAAUGUAUAGCUCUAUUUUUCACCCAGAGAAGAUUUUUAUGUAAAAAAAAAAAAAGGAUUUUAAGAAAAACAUUGUUUCUACAGAUAUAUUUAGCUUUUGAUGGAAAAAUAGCGUCACACAUCUGGGACGUCCCUGUUCAACACUGUGCUGUUUUGUUCGUGCAUCUGUAUGUGUAAAACUACAUGAGGUGAAAAUAUGUUGCGAUGAUGUUUUGAAGCAGCCCUUUUUGAAUGCUUGCAGUAAAAAUCGUGUUUAUAAUAAAUUCACAAAAUGCUGUAA